ACACUCUAAGUGAGCACGUCGGAAUCUCCACUAAAUUUUUUUUCGUUUAUUUCGGGGUAUUUUUUUUGUAUUCCGAUUUGUAAGAAAUUGUCGCGAGAUAACUUUGGUAAAUUUCGGUUUCCGUUUUUUUUUUUCACCAAAACAUUGCUGUGAAAGAUCGUCAUCGAGAUGGUUAACCGACUGACGGAGCAGCUGGUGGAGGCCAAGUCCAAGUGCUCGGACUACCGCAAGGCCGUGAAGUUGAAUGCCUGGGGCAGCGAUCUGGAGGACAUCACCAUCUGUCUCCGCAUGCCGCGCCUGGAGGUCCUUGCACUGAGUGUUAACAAGAUCAAUACCCUGAGUAGUCUGCAGAAUUGCCACAAGCUGAAGGAGCUGUAUCUGCGCAAGAACGAGAUUCCGAGCUUUGAGGAGCUCAACUAUUUGUCCAAUGCCCAUUCCUUGACCUCCCUGUGGCUGGAUGACAAUCCAUGCGCCGUGGCCGCCGGCUCCAAGUAUCGGGCAUGUGUGCUCCGCAAGCUGCCGCAACUGAAGAAGCUGGACAACGUGGAUGUCAGCGAGCAGGAGCGCCAGGCCGCCCUGAAGCAGGAGUACUAUCCGGCUCCAAAGAGUGCGAUCAGUUCGCCGGCCACUGAGGUGGGUGCCAACAAGCUGAAAGUCACCAACUCGAGCUCCGGCUCGCCAUCCAGUUCCAGCUCCAGCGCCAAGGCCUGUCGCGAGCGGAUCGAGCGGGAGGAAGAACUGGAGCGGCAGGAGAUGGAGCGCCGCAGGGAGCGUCAGCGGGAACAGCAGGAGCAGCGCCAGCUGCGCCAGCGGGAUAGCUUCGAUGGCCUGCCGAUGCAGAUGCAGGAGUUGGCCAAGCCGAACCGAAGUGCCGGCGGAGAUGCUGCCGAGUUGGAGGGAGGAGCCUGCCUGUCCAGGACCCCAUCGGGGCCGCGUACAAUUGCAGGAAGUGAUCACAUGCGCAUGGCGCCCAACUAUCAGCAGGGACAUCAGGGUCACCUGGGACACCAGGGACACCAGGGACACCUGGGCCACCAGGGACGGCUGACUCCGCAGGCUGCUACCCAGGGCUAUCGUGCGAAUUCCAGCCCUGCAGCCACAGCAGCCGCUGCCGCCUUGUUGGGCCAUGGCCGCAUGGAUUCCAUGGAUGGCAGGCGCCGUGAUCUCGUCGAUAACAUGGCCAACGGAGGUGGAGUGACCAGUGUAUCGGCACAGUCGCCGGUGGCCACCACAUCCUAUUAUGCUGGAAAUGCUGGGAAUUCCGAGGAGCGACGCUACCGCCAGAAUAGCAACCUGCUAUCGGCCACCCUGUGCCUCAUCCGCGAAAUGGACGCACCCACUCUGGAGACCCUCAGCCGUGCCAUUCACGAUCAAGUGACCAGCCAGACGAUGAACUACUAACUUUGCUCAUCGCUGGCUGUUAGUUUCCGUUUACAAUUGAAUAUUUUCCAAAUUUGUUUAGUGUUCAGAAGUCGACGCACCUUCAUUUCGGGUCACACGGAACCAUUGGACAUUUCCUAUAGGGUGAGAUGCUAAAGGAACGACGUCCCCCUGAUAGCUUAAAUACCAAGAGAGAUUCCCAUAAGACGUGCGACUUUUUUUUGGACCUCUAGUACGAGUUUGUACGUUUUACUAAUGAUAAUAAAAGAGUGUCGUCUAAAA